GCGACGAGCGCGGAUCCGACGCGGACACGUUCGCAGUGGAAGACCCGGUGCGGAAGGUGGGGGGCGGCGGCACUGCCGGCGGGGACCGCUGGGAGGGCGAGGACGAGGACAAGGACGUCAAGGAAAACUGGGAUGAUGAUGAAGAUGAAAAAAAAGAAGCAGCAGAAGUAAAACCAGAAGUAAAAAUUUCAGAGAAGAAAAAAAUAGCAGAGAAAAUAAAAGAGAAAGAACGGCAGCAGAAGAAAAGGCAAGAGGAAAUUAAAAAGAGAUUAGAAGGACCUGAAGAACCUAAAGUGCUAACUCCAGAAGAACAAUUAGCAGAUAAACUGAGGCUUAAGAAAUUACACGAAGAGUCUGACCUUGAAUUAGCAAAAGAAACUUUUGGUGUUAAUAAUACAGUUUAUGGAAUAGAUGCUAUGAACCCAUCCUCAAGAGAUGACUUAACAGAGUUUGGAAAGUUACUAAAAGAUAAAAUUACACAAUAUGAAAAGUCACUAUAUUACGCCGAUUUUUUGGAAGCCUUAGUUCGAGACGUUUGUAUUUCAUUGGAAAUUGAUGACUUGAAAAAGAUUACCAAUUCAUUGACUGUGCUCUGCAGUGAAAAACAGAAGCAAGAAAAGCAAAGCCAAGCCAAAAAGAAGAAGAAAGGUGUGGUUCCUGGAGGGGGUUUAAAGGCCACCAUGAAAGAUGAUCUGGCAGAUUAUGGCGGUUACGACGGCGGAUACGCACAAGACUACGAAGACUUCAUCUGACACCCUGUCUUCUCCGGCGUCUUCUUUCUGUUGCCCACAGUCCCUUCACCAUGUAGCACAACUUCCUUUCCCUUCAGUUCUGCCAAAUGCUACAAUCAGAAGUGCAGUAUCUUUUGUGCUGGUUAUUUAAUCCCUUGACACUUAGAUGCUAAUGUGCAAAUGAGGGAACUUGGAUCUUGUUGCCAAGGGGUUAAAAUUGGGAACCUCUGUUGCUACUAAAUCAUAGUUUUAAAAAACAAACCUAAUAAUGUUGUCAUUGUUGCUAUCUGAUUCCAUAGCAGCAGUCACUAAAUUGGAAACAAAGGUUGCAACAUGACAAAAAAAAUUGUGUUCUAUUUACCAGCACCAUUCAGUAAUACAGCCUUAACCGUACCUCCUUGAGCUACUUCAUAACUUGUCAAGAAAAGCGGUCUGCUGCAAGGGCAUGUGGUGUCCACCUAGUAUUAAAAUUGCUUUGUCUUAAAA